AUGAACCAACUUUACUAUCCGGGAUACUGGUUACUCGGCUGUAUCAUACAAACGGAUUCAGCAGACUUCGAAUCUUGUCUCUCAUUCUCCAACCAUGAUCUCGACAUCUCAGAGUCUGGAAACAAGCCCUUCACUGACUACAGCCGUUGGAGGUUGCUCGUAAAUGACAGCGGAAGGCACACAUGGCACUACCUCCAAACAGACGAGGAAUGCGAGAAGUGGCCUCAGAAUGAUGUAGACAAGUACUGGAUUGGUAUUCCACUCAAUUUGCCCGACCUUCCUAAGCCCAAGGAUGCGCUGGAUGCAGCCCGCAAUGGAUAUACAUUCUACAAGCACCUUCAGUCUCAUGAUGGACAUUGGCCGGGCGAGUACGGUGGCCCCAUGUUCCUUCUCCCCGGCCUUGUUAUUGGGUCAUACGUGUCUGGCAUGAGCUUCAAGGAGGAGGAGCGUCUGGAGAUGAUUCGCUAUCUUCUGAACCAUGUCAACCCGGAAGACGGUGGUUGGGGAAUACACAUUGAAGGACACUCGACCGUUUUUGGGACAGCGUUAAACUAUACCGCUCUCCGGAUUCUCGGUGUGCAGAAAGACCAUCCAGCUGCUGUAAGAGCCCGUGAGACAUUGCACAAACUUGGAGGAGCCACUGGUGCUCCCGCAUGGGGCAAGUUCUGGCUCGCAAUCUUGAAUGUGUAUGAUUGGGCUGGUGUGAACCCAGUCCCUGCGGAGCUUUGGCUCCUCCCUGAUUGGCUGCCUUUCCAUCCUCAUCGCUGGUGGAUACAUACCCGGACUGUCUAUGUGCCAAUGAGCUAUCUCUACGGCAUCCGAUUUAAAAUGCAGGAAAAUGAUUUGAUUCGAGCCCUCCGAGAUGAACUAUACCCAACUAACUAUUAUCAGAUCCACUGGCCCUCGCAACGUAAUAACGUGUGUGCAGCAGACUUGUAUUCCCCUCAUACCACUGUCCUGGACGUUAUGAACUCUGUUCUUUCAAUGUACGAGGGCUGCGUUAUCCCUCCCCUCCGCAGGGCAGCUCUCGCACGUGCAUACCACCUUAUCGUUCUCGAGGACGAGAACACCGAAUACCAGACCCUUGGGCCUGUCUCCAAAAUGAUGAACCUCAUCUGCCGUGCUCAUGUCGAAGGCCCCAACAGUGAAGCGUACAAGCAGCACGCUAUUAAACGCGCAGACUUUAUGUGGCUUGGCCAGGAAGGCAUGAUGAUGUGUGGGACGAAUGGGAGCCAGCUAUGGGAUAUUGGCUUCAUCACGCAGGCGCUCGUUGAGACCGGCCUUGCGAAGGAGGAGGUGAAUAAGGAGAGUUUGUCGAAGGCGCUUGGAUGGUUGGACGUUUGCCAGAUCAGAGAGAACCCGAAGCACUACGAGACAUCUUACCGUCACACCACCAAGGGAGCUUGGCCAUUUAGCACCAAAGAGCAGGGGUACACGGUCAGCGAUUGUACCGGCGAGGGGCUGAAAGCGGUCUUGUAUUUACAAAACCAAGUCGAAGGCUCGGAGAAAAUCAUCUCAGACGAACGACUUUUUGAUGCUGUAGACGUCAUGUUAACUAUGCAGAACUCGAAUGGCGGUUUUGCCAGUUAUGAGUUGGUCAGGGGUCCCAAGUGGCUGGAAUGGCUGAACCCUGCAGAGGUUUUUGGUGACAUCAUGAUCGAGUUCUGUUAUCCAGAGUGCACAACCUCCGUGAUUACGUCGCUGUCUAUCUUUAGGAAACAUUAUCCUGACUACCGGCCUGCUGACAUUGAAAAAACUAUCAAAGGUGCGAUCAAGUUCUUACACAAGGCGCAAAAAGCCGAUGGCGGCUGGGUUGGCUCCUGGGGAAUCUGCUUCACAUAUGCAACGCAGUUUGCUCUUGAGAGUCUUUCGCUAGUUGGAGAGAAUUAUUCAAACAGCUCCCACGCACAACGGGCGUGUAGGUUCCUUCUCUCAUGGCAAAGAGAAGAUGGUGGUUGGGGCGAAAGUUACAAAUCCUGUGAACAGGGUACCUGGAUACAGCACGAGAACUCUCAGGUCGUACAGACCUGUUGGGCGACCAUGGCCCUCAUGUACGCGAAAUAUCCCGAUCCCGAGCCUAUUCGAAAGGCUGUCAAGUUGGUCAUCGAUAGGCAAUUACCCGAUGGAUCAUGGCCACAGGAGGCGAUUGAAGGAGUGUUUAACAAGAAUUGCACUAUAUCAUACCCGAACUUCAAAUUUUCAUUCCCCAUUUGGAUGCUUGGAAGAGCGUAUCACUAUCUGAAUGAGCUGGAGGAGCAAGCCGGGCAGACUCCUACGAUGUGA